AUAAAUCUUACCUGAAUCAUUUUCCACCAAUUUCUUCAAAGAAACUUUCAAUUUCUUACUACAUUUAUCCAACUUCGGACAUAAUUCCUCCUUAGCGCUAUUCCUCAGUUUCUUUAGGUUAGGUUUGGAAGAUUUUUUGGUUUUGACAUCAUCAGCGCCAUCUACCUGAGGAAUUGAAUCAACAACACCGUCCAAGAGCAAGUUGGUAAUGUAUUCAACAUCGCUUUCUUCAGUGGUUUCAUCCUCAUCUUCAGAUGAGUCCAUUGGAACGUCGCUUUCAAACGAAUCAUCAAAAUUUCCGUCCAACUGUGGUAUAAGUAUGCGCUUCCAAGGCCACUUUAUUUUGAUGACUUGUUUCCUAUUGUUUUUAGCUAUAAAUGUUUUCUUUAGUGGCACUAAAAUAAAAAUUAUUGUUUCAUCUCUCUCACUACCUAUAGAAAAUGCCUUACCUUUGGAACCAUUCUCCAGUUUAUUUUUUAAAACCUUCUUUUGUAAGUUCUUAAAGUUCAUCCUUUCUAGCCUAAUCACAAGCUUUCUUUUGUCAUUUAAUUUGUGCUUUUUGGCCUCAUUUGCUUUCUUCAUAGGCAAAAUAAACGACUGAUAAACUUUGGUUUUAUCAUUUACAGUUGGGCUUGAAUUACAAUAAUCUCUAAACAAUUUUAUUGACAACUGUGGUCUUUUUUCUGUUUCAUAAUGUGGAUGAAUAUUUUUAACUAUUGGGCUUGAUGUACAAUUAUCUUUGAAUAAUUUUAUUGACAACUGUGGUCUUUUUUCCGAAUUGUAGUCUUCUGAGCUGCCAUCCAACUGAGGAAUAUUGUUUCUUCUGGUACUUCUUUGCGGUAAUUUUACUUUUAUGAUUUCUCUUUUUUCCUUUGCAGGUUUUUUAGUUUCUUUUUCCAUUUUAUUUACUACAACUUCGCUUUUAUCAUAUGUCAUUUGUAUUUUUAUUAAAGGGGAUUUGGCCUUUUCUUCAUCUAUUUUUGGACUCUUGACCCUGACUCUUUUAGGUAGUUCCAGGGAAUCUUUAUCUUCAUUUAUUCUGGGACUUUUACUCCUUGUUCUUUUUGGCACUUCCAGAGAUUCUUUAGAUGAGAUUUCCUCUUUUUUUGCUUUUGUAGUUCUAGUAGUUUUCUUGGAUUCUUCCGAUUUUGUUUCUUCCUUUACUAUAGGACUUUUGCUUCUUGUACUUUUUGGAACUUCUAGAGAUUCUUUAGAUGAAGUUUCUUCUUUUUUUGCUUUUGUAGUUCUGGUAGUUUUCUUGGGUUCUACUGAUUUGGUUUCUUCCUUUACUAUAGGACUUUUGCUUCUUGUAUUUUUUAGAACUUCUAGAGAUUCUUUAGAUGAAGUUUCUUCUUUUUUUGCUUUUGUAGUUCUGGUAGUUUUCUUGGGUUCUACUGAUUUUGUUUCUUCCUUUACUAUAGGGCUUUUGCUUCUUGUAUUUUUUGGAACUUCUAGAGAUUCUUUAGAUGAAGUUUCUUCUUUUUUUGCUUUUGUAGUUCUAGUAGUUUUCUUAGGUUCUUCUAAUAUUGUUUCUUCCUUUACAUUGGGACUUUUGCUUCUUGUAUUUUUUGGAACUUCUAGAGAUUCUUUAGAUGAAGUUUCUUCUUUUUUUGCUUUUGUAGUUCUAGUAGUUUUCUUGGGUUCUUCUGAUUUUGUUUCUUCCUUUACAUUGGGACUUUUGCUUCUUGUACUUUUUGGAACUUCUAGAGAUUCUUUAGAUGAAGUUUCUUCUUUUUUUGAUUUCGUAUUCCUGGUUGUUUUCUUGGGUUCCGACUUUUCUGAAACAUCUUUUGUUUUGGAAGAUUUUUUUGGUUCUUCUUUAAGUUUACCAGUUGUGGAUGUCUUUGUUCCUUCACUUUUUUGUUUAGAUUCUGUUUUGGGUUUGGGACUUUUGGACCUAGUUGCAUUUGUUUUGGUCUUUUCUUCAUUUAAUUUAGUGUCCUUGGCAGGUUGUUUAGCUUUUGUGUGACCAUUUUUUGACUUAUUUAAUUUGGAAAUAUUUAUUUUGCUAGUAUUCACAGUAUUUGCUUUUGAGGCAGAUGGUUUGCUUUGCUUAUGUGAGGUUUUCUUGGUUUCUUCAGUUUUAGUGCUUAGGGAAUGCAAUUCACUUGCAGGUGGUCUUAAUGGUUCUACCUGCAGUGAUAAAACGAAUCUACAUUGAAUGCCCAAAGCUCUCAUGAGUGCAAUAAAAAUAUAGCACAGCAUAUUUUUAUUGUAAACUUCUUUCUUUAGAAUCUGUUCUUGAAGUGCUUCAUCUAAUUGCAUUUCAUUUGUGUCUUUGUCAUUUAGUUUCAUGGUCUUUUUGUACCAUUUCACUAUUCGUUCUAGAUAUUCCAAAUCAACUCUAUCAGAUGGAUAUGCUUUUUCAGAAGGUAGCAAUUUUAAUGCAGACUUGAGUAUUUCCUCCUUAUUAAUAACCGAAUUAACGAAAUUUCCAUGCCCCAACAUGCACAAUAAAUGAACCUUAUGCACAUAAACCUGGUUUUCUUUCCUGAUUCUAUUCAAUCUUCUUUUUAAAGCUGCUACCAAAUCCACUCCCUUCUUCUUUUUAACAGCAUCAGGCAUAUUUACAGUGAUUUGGAGGCCACUGCUAGGAACAACACCUUUUUCUUCAUUCUUAUCUUCUUGUGUUGCUGUUUUAAUUUCCUCCCAGCCCUCAUCAGAUUCAUCUGAUUCAAAAUCACUCGAAUGUAGAUCUUCCAUUCUUAUGGAAUCAUUCUGAGCAACAUUUUCUCCCCUUAUUAGAAGAUGGGAGAUAUCCACAGCAUUUUCUUCGUUUUUCUUUUUAUUUGCUUCAUAUUCUGCUAUCUGUAGCUUAGCUUCUUCCAGUUGUUUAUUAUAAUCGUCCAUACGUUGAAAAGCUUCUUUUGCCACAUUUUCGCUUGUUUGAGAUAUCACCUCCAUUGCUUCUUCAGCUUUUUUGUCUUCCUUCAUUUCAACAUCCGAAUCAGAAUCAGAGUCACUCAACCUGGUAACCCCAGCAAAAAUGUUCUUUUCCACCUUAUCAAAAGGCACAUUAUCCUUUUUUUGGACAUCAAAGAAAGAAGACAUUAAAUUUAUUUUAUCAACUGGUUGCAGGUAGUUUUCAAUGUCACUGUCACUGGAAGAUUCAUCGGUGUCUUUCGGAACUCUAUUUUUCUUUUGGGGAGUUUUUAACUUUUUUACUAUGGGUUUAUCAUCCUCAUCUUCAGAGCUGCUGCUCGUGACAGUUUGCUUCUUUGUUCUUCUUGUGGUACGCUUCAUUUUGACUGUUUAAGAUGAUAUAUAAGUAUAUGUAAUUGAGCAACAAUUGUUAUUAAUUAUUAUCACAACAAAACUCAGAGUUAUCUCUCAAUAAACAAAAAAAUUAUCAAUGAACAUAUUGCGUAAAAAUGCGCAAUUUCCCGCCAAUAAUUAUUCAUCAAAAUAUCAAUUGUCCGUUAAUUUACUACCGUAAUUUCAAAUAAAUGAUAUUUUUGUGGCUAUAAUAAGUAUAAAAAUAAAGUGUAUUCGUGUUAAUUACCUUAUCCUUGUAAAAUAUCGAUCAAACUUCACAUGCAUUUGUUUUUAUUUGACGUUAAAAAUUAUUGACACAUGAUCCCCGUGAAGUUGGCUACGAAUGUCGGGCAUAGAAAAACCGAAUCCACAUUAACAAUAAACAGAAGAUAAAUAAAAGAAUUGUGUUGUCAAAUAUUUUUGUUUCAUUAAAUUUAAGAGACGAUUAGUCCCCGUGAAAAAGCCAUUUUCUGAUUUGUUUUGCUUUGAUACGGUUGUUGGCCAUGUUUGCCUUCUUGCAUCUAAUGUCACUUAAAUGAAGUUUGUGCUUUCAAGUGAUUUAAACAUGUUUUAAAUCGGAUAAAUGAAGUGUUAAUUAGUUAUCGUGGUAUAAUAAUUGUUGAAACUGAAAAAUGGCACAUCAUUAUGUGGUUACGGCUCACAAGCCGACAGCAGUUACGGCUUGUGUAACCGGCAAUUUUACUUCUCCCACUGAUCUUAAUUUGAUUGUUGCGAAAAAUACACGAUUAGAAAUAUAUUUAGUUACCCCAGAGGGGCUAAGGCCCAUCAAAGAGGUUGGAUUGUAUGGCAAAGUUGCUGUUAUGAAGCUUUUCAGGCCUCAACAUGAAAGAAAGGAUUUAUUGUUUAUUGUGACCAUGAGAUACAAUGCCAUGAUAUUGGAAUGCAUAAAUGAUGGAGAAAACAUUGAAAUAAUAACUAAAGCACAUGGAAAUGUGGCUGAUAGAAUAGGCAAACCAUCAGACACUGGGAUAUUGGCCGUAAUCGAUCCAAAAGCAAGAGUUAUUGGUCUCAGGCUCUAUGAUGGCCUUUUUAAAAUAAUUCCACUGGAUAAAGAUAACUCGGAACUUAAAGCAUCAAAUAUUAAAAUGGAAGAACUGCAGGUGCAUGAUAUAGAGUUUCUUCACGGUUGUGCAAACCCCACGUUAAUUUUAAUUUAUCAAGACGUUAAUGGAAGACAUGUUAAAACACACGAAAUUUCUGUUCGGGAAAAGGAGUUUAAAGCAUUGACGAUUGUUAAAGUGCCCUGGAAGCAGGAUAAUGUGGAGACAGAGGCUUCCAUAAUCAUCCCUGUACCUUCUCCCUUAGGGGGGGCUAUUAUUAUUGGACAAGAAACUAUUUUAUAUUAUGAUGGAAUUACUUCAGUAGUGGUUGCACCUCCAGUUAUUAAGCAAAGCACAAUUAUAUGUUAUGCCAAAGUUGAUCCAGGCGGUCUAAGAUACCUAUUGGGUGACAUGGCAGGCCAUCUAUUUAUGUUAUUCUUAGAAACAGAACCUAGAGGUGAAGGAAGCGAAGUGGUCAAAGACAUUAAGGUCGAAAUGUUAGGUGAAAUCGUUACCCCCGAAUGCAUAACGUACCUGGACAACGGCGUUCUUUUCAUCGGCUCUAGGAUCGGCGAUUCUCAGCUGAUAAAAUUGAACACCAAAGCCGACGAGUUCGGUUCCUACGUCACCGUGAUGGAGUCUUUCACCAAUCUGGCCCCGAUUUUGGACAUGUGCGUCGUGGAUCUCGAAAGGCAAGGCCAAGGGCAGCUGGUCACUUGCUCUGGGGCCUUCAAAGAAGGCUCCCUGAGGAUCAUAAGGAACGGCAUCGGCAUUCAAGAGCAUGCCUCGAUAGAUUUGCCCGGAAUCAAGGGCAUGUGGGCCCUGCAAGUCGCCUCAGGCGGCCGGCUGGACAACACCCUGGUGCUGGCUUUCGUCGGCCAGACCCGCGUGCUCAGCCUCAACGGCGAAGAGGUGGAAGAGACCGACAUAGCCGGCUUCGCGGCCGACCUGCAGACGUUCUACUGCGGCAACGUGGCGCACGAGCAGAUCGUGCAGGUCACCUCCGUCUCGGCCCGCUUGAUCUCGUCGCAGAGCAGGACGCUGCUGGCCGAGUGGAAGCCGCCCACCGAGAAGACCAUCAGCGUGGUGGCGUGCAACAGCUCGCAGAUCGUCGUCUCGACCGGCUCGGCGCUCUACUACAUCGAGAUCCAUCCCAACGAGUUGAUAUUGAAAGGAAACACCACGUUGGACGUGGAAAUAGCCUGCUUGGACGUGAGUCCGCUGGGCGAAGACGGCUCGCCGUCGGAUCUAGUGGCCGUCGGCCUGUGGACCGACAUCUCCGCGCGCAUCCUGCGCCUGCCCGACCUGACGGAAGUGACGAAGGAGAUGCUCGGCGGCGAGAUAAUCCCGCGCUCGGUCCUCAUGACGUGCUUCGAGGGCCAGAACUACCUGCUCUGCGCCCUCGGCGACGGCUCCAUGUUCUACUUCCUGCUGAACAAGGAGACGGGCGCGCUGACGGACAAGAAGAAGGUCACGCUGGGCACGCAGCCGACGGUGCUGAGGACCUUCCGCUCUCUGAGCACCACGAACGUCUUCGCCUGCUCCGAUAGGCCGACCGUCAUCUACUCGUCCAAUCACAAGCUCGUGUUCUCGAACGUGAACAUGAAGGAGGUGAACCACAUGUGCUCUUUGAACGCCGAGGCUUAUCCGGACAGUUUGGCUCUGGCUACGGACAACUCGGUCACAAUAGGCACCAUAGAUGAAAUCCAGAAGUUGCACAUCAGAACUGUACCUUUGCAAGAAUCUCCCAAAAGAAUCGCGUACCAGGAAACUUCACAGACGUUCGGCGUGAUAGCGUCGCGCGUCGACAUCCAAGACUCGACCGGGCUGAACCCGGCGCGCCAGAGCGCCUCCACCACCACGCAGUCGGUCACGGUGUCGAGCAGCGUCGGCUCGCUGGCCGUCGGCAAGUCGUCGGGCAGCGGCGGCGCGGGCGGGGCGGGCGCCAUGGGCGGCGGCAGCCUGGCGCCCGACUACGGGCAAGAGGUGGAGGUGCACAGCCUGCUGAUCAUCGAUCAGCACACGUUCGAGGUGCUGCACGCGCACCAGCUGAUGCAGCAGGAGUACGCCAUGUCGCUGAUAUCGUGCCAGCUGGGCACCGAUUCCAACACCUACUUUAUUGUCGGUACUGCAGUGGUAAACCCAGAAGAACCGGAACCGAAGCAAGGAAGAUUGCUGGUGUUCCACUGGAACGACAACAAGUUGUGCCAAGUGUCCGAGAAAGAAAUCAAGGGGGCGUGCUAUUCUCUGGCGGAGUUUAACGGCAAGCUGCUGGCCAGCAUAAACAGCACGGCCAGACUUUUCGAAUGGACCACGGAAAAGGAGCUGCGAUUGGAAUGUUCGCACUUCAACAACAUCAUCUCGCUGUUCUUGAAGACCAAAGGGGACUUCAUUCUGAUCGGGGAUCUGAUGAGGAGCAUGACGUUACUACAGUACAAGACCAUGGAGGGCAGCUUCGAGGAGAUAGCGCGGGACUACAACCCGAACUGGAUGACGGCCGUGGAAAUCCUGGACGACGACGUUUUCCUCGGCGCGGAAAAUUGCUACAACCUGUUCGUGUGCCAGAAAGACAGCGCCGCCGCCACCGACGAGGAAAGGUCCCAGAUGCAGGAGGUGGGACAGUUCCACGUCGGGGACAUGGUCAACGUUUUCAGGCACGGCUCGCUCGUCAUGCAGAAUUUGGGGGAGACCUCCACUCCCACCAGGGGGUGCGUCCUGUUCGGAACUGUUGGAGGCGCCAUCGGUCUAGUUACCCAAAUUCCACAAACCUUCUACGACUUUUUGUUGGAAUUGCAAAAUAAGCUGUCGACAGUCAUAAAAUCGGUCGGUAAAAUAGAACACAACUUCUGGAGGGCUUUCCAUACAGACAUAAAGACUGAACCCAGUGAAGGUUUCAUUGAUGGUGAUCUGAUCGAAAGUUUUCUGGACCUAUCCCAAGAAAAAAUGAAAGAAGUUGCCGAUAGUUGUCAGUUAACUGUCGAACAUCUGGUGAAAAUGAUAGAAGAUCUAACCAGAAUACAUUAGGUUAGUGACGAUCUUGUGGUUUGUUUACUGCUUAAUAUUUGAGAAUAUUGAUUUAAAAAUUAAUUACUAAUUCAUCAAUGAUGGACAUAUGAUUUUACCUGUAAGGUUACUGUAUAUUAGUAGAAGUAUAAAUAAAAAUUUCCUAUUAAGUAA